CCUCGGGAUGUGGUUCUAUUUGUGCAGUUAGCGCGUGGAUCUGUCUGUCAACACAGUCGCUCUUAAUUAUAUUAAGUGCUUCUGUUAUUAAUAAAUAAUUUAUUUAAAUAUUUAUUGAAUAUCUUUAACCGGUUCAUAAUGAUUGUCCUAACAAUUUUGGCCGCGUUAUUUUUACCUUAUUUAAUUAUUUAUUUGUACAAAAAUGCGUAUAACAAGCCGAAGAAUUUUCCACCAGGCCCACCGAGUCUGCCAGUAUACGGUGCCUUCUGGAUAGUUCUGGCCCAUGGGUUCACUGACCUCGCAACAGCUUUUAAGAAGCUGGGAGAGAAAUACAAAACGAAGAUCAUAGGUCUCUAUAUGGGACCUGUUCCAACCAUAGUGCUGAAUGACCCUGAGCUGAUCAAGGAAAUGCUAAACCGGGAGGAGUUCGACGGACGGAUGGACAUCAUAAUAUUCAGAUUGCGGUCAUUUUGGAAGAAACUGGGUAUAUUCUUCACGGACGGAUACUUCUGGCAUCAGCAAAGAAGAUUUUCACUCCGUUAUUUGAGAGACUAUGGGUUUGGAAGGCGGUGUGAAGACCUGGAGUCAGUAGUUGCGACUGAAGUCAAGGAGAUGAUAGACCUGAGGAUUAGUGGACCGAAGUAUCCUGCUGAAAUGGAUAUCGUCAAGGGUGACCUAGUCUACAUGCCAUACUUCUUUGCAAUACCGUUCCUUAAUGGUAUGCUCCAAAUAUUCUCUCGCAGCACUCUGCCAAGGUCGGAGUACAAAGCACUAUGGGCUCUGACCCGUGGUACCGUCUUGUUCCAACGGAGCUCGACUGAUAUGGGAGGUGCCCUCUCCUUGACUCCUUGGCUGAAAGACAUUCUGCCAAACUACAGUGGGUACAAUGAUCUGGUGAAAGGAAAUGAAUACCUGUUGAAUUUCUUCAAGAAAUUAGUAAACGAAGCUAUGGAAACCCAUGACGAGACUUACGACCGUCACUUCUUAGACAUGUACAUCACGAAAAUGAAACAAGAAUUGCGGGAGAAAGACAAGACUACAUACUCAGUGGACCAGCUGAUCCUAACGUGCACAGACUACACAUUCCCCGCGGCGUCAGCUGUGCAGUUCGUGCUGACGAUCCUUGUGGAGCGUCUGCUACUGCAGCCUGAGAUCCAGGACAAGAUCCAUGAGGAAAUCGACCGCGUCGUCGGCAGAGACCGUCUCCCGAAUUUGGAUGACAGAAGAAAUAUGCCAUAUUUGGAGGCUUGCAUCCGAGAGACUAUGCGGUUCGAUACCACAGUACCUCUGUCGGUGCCUCACCGAGCAAUGAAGGAUACCACCUUAGCAGGAUACGAUGUGCCAGAGGGCACGAUGGUGAGCGCUAACCUGACGCUACUACACAUGGACAAGGAUAUUUGGGGUGACCCCGAAAACUUCCGUCCCGAAAGAUUCCUCAAGGACGGAGAGCUUGACCUCGCCAGCGACAAGUCAUUGCCAUUUGGAGCAGGCAGAAGAUUAUGUGCUGGUGAGACCUAUGCUAGACAGUCCAUGUUCCAAGUAUUUGCUGGCUUCAUGCAAACUUUCCAUGUAUCCACCGCUGACGGCAAACCGCUGCUGAAGCCUUCUAAAAGGAUCCAAGGCAUCAUCACCACCAUUCCUGAGUUCUGGGUUAAAGUUACUGUCCGAGAAUGAAAAACAACAAACAAGAAUUUUGCCACAAAAUUCAAAAAUAGGUGUCUAUGAUCUCUCUUGUUUUUCGCCAAAAUGUAAUCAAAGGUUUGGAUGUUUACUUUAACUUAAACUUUAGUUACUUUUUAACCCAAAAAAAAACUAUUGUUUCCGUUAUCUACGUACCUGUAUUAAAAAAUAAUGUGAUCACAUUUUUGGAUUUCUGUACCUCCUUUCUAUUUUAAUGAUCUACUUUACAGAACUACUAUAAACUGCCUAUAUGUAUUUCCCUUAAGUUCAAUUACCAUCUAAUAAUUAAUAACAAUAAUGAUGACCGAACUCCAUGAAACUACACACAGUAGACACAAUCGACUUACCAAGAUUAAUUUAUGCAUAACGUAAAAUAAGUUUUGACAGCUCAAAAUGACAUUGACAUAGUUGAAGAGUUAGCCUUGACAGAGGCGACUCAUUCAAGAUAUAUUAUUUCAACCUGUUUUUGUUUAAAUGCGUAUACUGUUAGGUAUUAUUACUUAACAUAAUAAUCCAAGUAACGAUAUCUCAUUAUAAGCAUAUCUCAUUAGCAUUU